UUAAGUAUGACUGGGAGGAUCCUCUCUCUCUUGAAUCACAACUGACCGAUGAAGAAAUUGCCAUCAGGAAUUCUGCUCGUCAUUAUAGUCAAGAAAAGUUAUUUCCAAGAAUUUUGGAAGCUUACCGCCAAGAACAUUUUGAUCGUGAAAUUGUUACAGAAAUGGGCGAAUUAGGUUUACUUGGUUCUACUAUUCAAGGAUAUGGUUGUUCAGGUGUUUCUUCGGUAGCAUAUGGACUUAUUGCUCGUGAAGUGGAAAGAGUAGAUAGCGGUUACCGAUCCACAAUGAGUGUGCAAUCAUCACUUGUUAUGCACCCUAUAUACGCUUUUGGUAGUGAAGAACAAAAGCAAAAGUAUUUACCUAGAUUAGCGAAAGGUGAAAUUAUUGGUGCUUUUGGGUUAACAGAACCUAAUUACGGUUCUGAUGUUGGUGGCAUGCAAUCUUAUUCACAAAAAAAAAAUGGUGUCUAUAUAUUAAAUGGAUCGAAAACUUGGAUUACCAACUCUCCAAUAGCGGAUAUAUUGAUUGUUUGGGCAAAGUCCAAAGAAGAUCAUAAAAUACGAGGAUUUAUUUUGGAAAAGGGUAUGGAAGGAUUAUCUACACCAACAAUUAAAGGUAAAUUAUCACUUCGGGCUUCCAUAACUGGAAUGAUCAUGAUGGAUAAUGUAGAAGUUCCUGAAGAAAAUUUACUUCCACAUGCAGAAGCUUCAGAAUUUUGUUUAGCUAAAGCUCGUGAGUAUGCUCUUAAUCGAAACCAAUUUGGUGUUCCAUUGGCAAGGUUUCAAUUAAUUCAAAAGAAAUUUGCCGAUGCACAUACGGAGGCAAGAAGAUUAAAAGAUUUGGGUAAAUUAGCACCUGAAAUGAUUUCACUUGUAAAGCGUAAUUCCUGCGGAAAAGCCUUAGAAAUUGCACGUUCCAUGCGAGACGUUCUAGGAGGUAAUGGAAUAAGCGAUGAAUAUCAUAUAAUUAGACAUGAACAAAAUUUAUGUACAACCAAUACUUAUGAAGGCACACAUGAUAUCCAUUCCCUUAUAUUGGGUAGAGCUAUCACUGGAAUUCAAUCAUUCACAACAUCUUAA